AUGCGAUGGUGGGACAUGCGAUGGUGGGACAUGCCACACCGGGACACGCCACAGUGGGACACGUCGUGCCUGGCCACGCGGUGCAGGGACACACGGUGCCAGCCCCGCCACCAGCCGGGACAUUUCCAGCAGCGUUUUUCCUCCUUCCCGUACCUGCAGAUGAAGUGGCCGCUGCUGGACGUGCCGGCCGGCGCCACGCUGAAGGACAGCCGCUCGCCCUCGCCCGCACACUUGUCGAACAAGGUCCCGGUGGUGCAGCACGCGCAUCACAUGCACCCGCUGACCCCGCUCAUCACCUACAGCAACGACCACUUCUCGCCGGGCUCGCCGCCCGGCCACCUCUCGCCGGAGAUCGACCCCAAGACGGGAAUCCCACGGCCACCGCACCCCUUGUGUGUUUGCAGGCAAGGACAGCCCGUGUACUCCAUCCCUCCCGGCGGCUUUCGGCACCCCUACCCUGCCCUCGCCAUGAACGCCUCCAUGUCCAGUUUGAUGUCCAGCCGUUUCUCCCCGCACAUGGUCCCACCGCCCACCCACGGGCUGCACCCCUCGGGCAUCCCGCACCCCACCAUCGUCUCACCCAUCGUGAAGCAGGAACCCACCCAGCCCAGUGUCAGCCCCGGAGGCAACUCGAAAUCCCCCGUCACUGUGAAGAAGGAGGAGGAGAAGAAACCCCACAUCAAGAAACCGCUCAACGCCUUCAUGUUGUACAUGAAGGAGAUGAGGGCCAAGGUGGUGGCCGAGUGCACGCUGAAGGAGAGCGCCGCCAUCAACCAGAUCCUGGGCAGACGGUGGCACUCGCUGUCGCGGGAGGAGCAGGCGAAGUACUACGAGCUGGCGCGGAAGGAGCGGCAGCUGCACUCCCAGCUCUACCCGACGUGGUCGGCGCGGGACAACUACGAAAAAAAAAGGAAAAAAAAAAAAACAAACCAACCCACAAAAUGA